UGCAGUUGGAAUGUCGCCUAAAGGCAAGAGAACUGCACUGCUUCCACGCUUCACUCUGUGAGGCUGAAGCAAGAGACCCACACACAGCAAACCAACCUUCACCUUCAGUCAAAGGGCCAUUGCGGUGUCAGAGUCAGCUAUGAGAAAGAAUAACACGUGACUUUGUACAAUGGAAUGAAUAAGGAACAUUGUGGAUGAGCAGACCAAAGCGUUGUGGACGUCCAUCUGGCACAACUUAGAGGAGAACAUCUUCAUUCCAGCUGGGAGCAAACCACUGCUGGGCUUUUCCUUUAGGAGGUCAUGAGGAGAGAUAGGCUACUGGUGGUUCUCACUUUGGUCACCCUCCUGGUGGCCGACAUUCAUUUCAUCCUGAUUCCAAGACUGAAAACCUGGUAUCACCUGCCUAGGGAAAGCUGCACGUGCAUGGGUGCCAAUGGCAGUUGGGCGAAUGGAGUUCCAGUAACUGAUCUGUGGCUGUUGAAUCAGACUUCAACCUUGGUUCCCACUGAGCAAGACUCCAAGCUAGAGCGGUUGUUCAGACACCCGCUCUACAACAUCCGCCUUCCCAAUGUGGGACCCGAUGAACUGCUAUUGCAGCAUGAUGAACUUAUGAAUUACUACAAGAGGAAAGUGUCCCGCUGGGAGAGACUGAGAAAGGUGUACAUUGAUGCGGCAGCUGCUUUAAACAUCACUAUACCUGAUCACCCUGUGACGUUUGACCCUGAGGCCAGCUGGCUGCGAUUCCAUCUAGGGAUCAACCGAUAUGAGCUCUACUCAAGAGAUGACAGCAGCAUAGACAAACUCCUGCGGGACAUGCAGACAGCCACUGUUAUUAGUGCGGAUCACACUCAGGAUGAGAAAGCGUUAAAGGGUGCAUGUGACUGCUUUCAAGUGGUUAAGCCAAGUGGUCUUCACUUGAAGUUGGCACUGAAGCUCCAAGAUUUUGGCAAAGCUAUGUUUAAACCAAUGAGACAGGAGCGGCACGACGAGACACCAGAAAACUUCUUCUAUUUUGUUGACUUUCAGAGACACAAUGCAGAGAUUGCAGCCUUUCAUCUAGACAGAGUUCUGGAUUUCCGGAGAGUUCCACCAGUGUCUGGGAGAUUCAUUAAUCUGACCGGUGAAGUCCUGCACAUAACUCACAAUGAUGACCUGCGCAAUGUUUUCUUUACUUCUCCAGCCAACAACACAUGUUUCUUUGCCAAGUGUUUAUACAUAUGCAAGUCAGAGUAUGCAGUGUGUGGUCACCCAGACCUUCUGGAAGGAUCCAUGUCCGCUUAUCUACCAGGCCUGAGCAUUGCUCCACGUAUCUCCAUUCCCAACCCCUGGAUACGUGCCUACAGUUUCACUGGACGAGAGGAGUGGGAAGCUAAUCCAUUAUACUGUGAUAAAAUUAAGAAACUUUAUCCCUACAACUCUGGAAACAGACUUCUCAACAUUAUUGACAUGACGAUAUUUGAUUUUCUCACAGGAAACAUGGACAGGCACCACUAUGAGAUUUUCACCAAGUUUGGGGAUGAAGGUUUCUUGCUUCACUUAGACAAUGCCAGAGGAUUUGGACGAUAUUCCCAUGAUGAAAUGUCGAUUUUAGCACCACUGACCCAAUGUUGCGUCAUCAAGCGCUCUACACUGCUGAGAUUAAAGCUUUUGGAGAGAUCUGAGUACCGCCUAAGUGAUGUAAUGCGAGAGUCCCUCUCCCGAGAUCCUCUCUCUCCGAUUCUGACCGAGGCCCAUCUGGAGGCAUUGGAUCGACGGUUGGGACAGAUUCUUCGGACGGUGGGUAGGUGUGUGAAAAAGCUGGGAGAAGCACAGGUGGUGGUCACAGACUUUGUGGAAUCACAGAGAGGAACUACUUCACACCCAACGGAAAACAACAGGUGACAAAGGACAUCUCAGAAGAAAAUGGACACUUCCAAGUUUCUCACUAGCUGCCAGAAAAAUGGUCAAUAAAUUUAAGAUGGUUAUGAACGUCAUUUUUUUAUAAAGCA